ACCUACAGAGAAGCAGCAAAGUUUUCACUGACCGAACUUCAGCUGAAAAACUGAAGAAAGAACUGAAAUUCAUUUUGAUUCUGUGCAGAAAAUUAACCCCAGAGAAGCAGUGAAGCGUGAGGCUCCAUCCGGUGGAGGCCGGGCUGGAAAUCUGACGACCUCUUUUCUUCUCCUGUUGGAUUUAACUCAAACCAGAUGGUCCGCCUGCCAGACUCCAGCUCUGGGUUGGUUGUUUUUGACCUCUCUCUGACGCCACCAAACUUCGUCUGUUUUUCUUCUAAUUUAUACCCUCGACUUAAAACGGAAAAUGUGCCGCUGUGACUGGGUUUAACGGAUCCUUUUUGUUUUCUCCCUGUUAGCGGGGCGUUCCAGUUCCUCUGGAGGUCCCGUUAUGACUCCAGCUUUACUCUGAGUUUUCAUCAGCUGACAGGACGCGUUCCUCCAGCGCUGACGCGGAAAAAACGAAGACGCAGAGCAGCGUCGUGCUCGUUGGAUCCAGGCGGAUAAUCGGGAAAUGAAGGAGAAUCGUUGCCUUUGAAGCGUCCUGGCCAUCUUUAAAGCCACAUGACCGCCGAGGAGGCGAACAGAUGCUGUUCGGCUGCUUUGAAGCGCCGCGCGUUGUGGCUGCUCUGCUUGUUUCUGGGUCCGUCACCAGCGCACAGAGCUUCCACUCAAAAUCAGCGCGUUUUAAACUGUGAUUCGUUACUGAUGACAGGUCCUUCAAUUUAAAACACAAGUGAAUACUUUUUCAUACUCCAUUGAAUCCACUAGUACAUUCGGCAUAAAUAGAAUUCAUCUUUAUUCAAACAAUACAGUCACAUUUACCGAAGUUUCCAGCAGCCGACAUCCAUUCAUAUCAGCAGACUUCUCUGAAAACGCGUUUUAACAUUUGUUAUCGAUAAACGUUCUUUAGGUUUAUAGAAUGAGUUGAUACCUUUUCCAACAGAAACAAACAAACAAAGGCCUUUAUUUUAACGAGACACUGACUUCAGUUCAUGUAAAGGGAGGAAACUUCCCCAACUUCACUUCAGUUCCGCAGGGACUGAGGACUGAGAUGAGCCCGACCAAGAUGCGGAUCCACGGUGAAACCCUCGGGACUGUGAAGUGAAGGUUUUCCCUCUCAUGCGGUGCCUCCUGGCUUCAGCCGGCGGACUUCUCCUGAGGGACGCCGGGAUGCUGCUCCGCCGCCGCUCCUGCUCCGGCCCGCUGCUGCUGCUCGGAGUGGCGGUGUGUCUCUUCUACCAGACCCUGAUGGUGGCCCGGAACCGGCUCCGGUCCGGACAACAACAACCCCCCGCUGAUGUUCGCAGCAGGAAAUCGUCAGAAGAAAACCUGAUGGAGGAGACCAGAAGGUUCAUUUCUACCCUGGAAACGUUUCAGAGGGAGACUCAGGUCCAGGUGUGGUCUCAGAAACCCCCCCGGCGUCGGCAGGCCGUGGUUCUGACCGGUCGACACCUGGUCUCUGACACCGAGGUCCAACUGUACCGGCAGGUUCUGCAGCAGAUGGACUACGAGGUCCAGAUGUCCAGAUACACUGAGACCAGCAGCUUCCUCAGAACAAACCAGGGUGUGAGUGGGUGGAGCCUGUUGCUGUGUCUCAGUAGUUCUGAGCAGAGCUGUCUGAGGAGAGUCUCCUUCUCUCACCUGCAGCAUCAUCAGACGGUGAACCUGAUUCCCAGGCUGAUGGAGGCCUUCUCUGAUGCAGGUGGAGGACUCUGUCGCUUUUACUCUCACUCGCACCUGACAGGGUCAGAUUUACCCAUGAAGCCAUACUCCUGUGGAUCCACCAAUCAGAAGCUGCAGGUUCCUCAGGACAGUCAGUCACCUGUUGGGGACCCGCCUCCUGGUCUGGUUGCCAUGGUGAAUGUUUACGUCCUGGUGACCUCAGUCAGACCGAUGAUUUCAUUCCUGCAUGACAUCAGCGUGGUGACGACCAAUCGGGAGCUGAUGGGACGACCUGUGAAGCUCAGGCACUUCCUGCUGCAGCAGCUGGGACCAUCAGUCUCCCAUCAGGCUUUGGGGCAGGUGAAGCAGGUGAUAGGUGAAGUGCUGCAGGCGGCAGCAUCGACCAACGAGAGGACGCAAACUGUCCACAGGUGUGUGUUGUGUUACCAGCUGCUCACCUUCACUCUGCUGUUCAGCGGCUCCGUCACACCUGUUGUAGUCCAGGUGGACACUGAUUUGACGUUUUCUGCUCUGAGUGACGACACGUUUGACAGACAGAUCACCAGAGACCUGAUCCUGGAGGGCACGCUGCACUUCCUGCUGACGACACACACGGCGCGCAGACAGCAGUACGGUGGCUGCACAGGGACACACGGCCUGUGUUUGUCAGAGGAUGACUUUCUUCUUCUGCUUCAGUUUCGGCGACAGAUGGCGACGCCCUCAUCCUUUCAGCUGCUGUUUCCCUCCUCCUCCUCCUCCACCUCCUCGUCCUCGUCCUCCACCUCCUCCUCCUCCUCCUUGUCCUCCUCCUCUGGUCCUCUGAGUGUCCCUGAUCUCCUGAUCAGGAUCAGCCGUUACUAUGAGCUCCACAGAAACCUAAGCUCCAGAAGAGAUGAGACAGAAGCUUUGACCAAUCAGGAGUCAGCUGUGUCCUCUUCACAAGACAGAGCUGCAGGUAAAGGUCCCUGUGUGGACCCCCACCUCAGACAGAUCUACACCGACCCCCCCCUCACCCUGACUCCCCUCUUCAGCCCUAGGGUGAAGGAGUACCGUGUCGAGGUGACCUUUGACACGGUGACUGUUCGAAUCCGGCCAGAGCCCGUCAGCUCGGCUUGCGGUGUCCACCUGGAUGAGCACCGAGGACCCAGGAUGGCGAACUACCCGGUCGGCCUCGGCAACAGCAGGAUCAGCAUCCUGGUGACGGACGACGCCGAGCCGGAGCCCGUCGUCAUGACGAUCUACACCGUCCAUGUGUACCGCGAGAGCCGACCCAGUCUGCCCAUGUUCGGAGAUCAUGUGAUGUGCAGCUUUGUGCAGGACUGUGGUCUGCUGGUUCGGCCCGGUCAGCCCUGCGGCCUGCAGCCCUUCACCAGGUCUCAGAGUCCACUUCAGAUCUGCAGCUCGGGACACGUACGAGGUUGGUGGGUGGUUCCUUGUCUGAGCUGUUCUGACAACAGGACGUGUGAUUGGAGAGAGGCUGCCUGGCAACCAGAUGGCUGUUACCACCUGUUAGUGGACCGCCCUCUGCUGCAGGACUGUAUGAAGGACAGGAAGGUGUUGUUUAUUGGCGAUUCGACCAAUCGCGGGAUGAUGUACUUCCUGAUGGAGCAGGUGAACUCCAGCCUGGAGGACUGGGGCAAAGCUCAUGACUUGCUGGUCUACAGAAACCUGAAUGGAGGACGGACUCUGGUCAGCUACUCGUAUUAUCCACAGUUCUGGUUGGAGAAGAAACUGAGGCCAACAUUCAGACAGGCGCUGCUGCAGCUGCUCAACAGGUCUCGACCUUUGGUGAACUCUAAUCUGACGGUGCUGGUCGUGGGAGGAGUCCAGUGGCUCAACACCAAUCACCUGAGGACAGUCAGAGAGGUGCUGGACAGUGAGUCUCUCAGUAACAUCCUGGUGGUGGUGAAGUCUUUGGGGAUGGGCUUCCACCUUCCUGUGGACGGGAUCAGGUCUCUCACUCAGAGGGAAAUCCAAGAUCUCGACAAAGAGAACGACAACAUCAUUGCCACAGCAAAGCAUCAUGGGUACGAGGCGAUUGACACGUUCAGCAUCACCAUGGGUCGAUACAAAGAGUUCCUGCAGGGACGAUGUGCCUGCCACUUCCAUGAGGUGGAGAAGUUUUGGUCCUCCAAGCCUCCAGAUGACGCAAUGUCCACCAGCAACAGAACCAGAUCCACCAGACCCGGACUCAGCAGCCAAUCAGCUGUGCAGGACACAGACCAGGAAGUGAGACCUGAUGCUCUAACCUAUCACGUGAGAGGACCAGUGAACCAGGUGUACUCUCAGAUCCUGCUCAGCCGCAUGUGUCCCAAAAUCAGAAACACCUGAGUGUGUGUGCGUGUGAGUGUGAGAGGCAGUAACAGGUGAGUCCUGUAGGUAGACUCACCUGUUGACUCACCGGAUUGAGAUGAAUAAAGACAAAUGAAGAAAAAAGAAGAAGAAGGAGAUAAACUUUAAACUCCUCCCCCGUUUCUUCAGGAACAUGAAGGUGUGAUUGUUUCUGUUCUGCAGCUUCCUCUUCCAGGAGUUUAAAGGGCUCCUGUUUGCAGCAACAGCUUUCAGUGACUUUCAGUGAUUUCCUCCUCUCCGGCCGUUUUCCAGUGAAGCACCAGGUUCGUUUCACCACCAUGUUUCUGAAGCCAGGUGUUGAACAGCAGCUGGUUUCCAAAGUGUAUCAGCUGCUUUCUGAUGCAAAGCUAACUCCCAGUGUCUAGUUACUAGUUUAUGAUGUGUCCUCGCUCGUCCCUGGUGAAAACCGUUGGCCUUGGUUGUUGAGCUCCAGCAGUUUUUCUGGACCUGUGCUCAGCUGAAGCUCCUCUGAUAUUUAAUCAAACACUGAUAUUGGCCUGAUAUUGAUCAGCUCUCCUCUCUGUAACUCUGACCAACCUCUUUGUGUCUUAGUGUCUUCUUCAUAUAUUUCCACAUACCUCAGCCAGUGACUUUAUGUGUAUAUGAGAAAUGAUUCAAAGCCAAAGACGAGAUGAUAACUCUGUUCAUCAUGUGAAAGAAAUGUCUUAUAUUUGAUCUCUGCUUAUAUUUUCUAUAUUUUUCUACAGAUGUUUAUUGUGCCUUUAUCUCUAUAAACAUGUUUACAUGCUGGAAAAUAGAAUAUAUGAAUAUUAAUAUGAGUGUUAUAAUUUUCUUUGAGCUUUAAAGUAUGAAAACAUUUAGCACAAACACAUUUUCUCAUUAACAGAUCAAACUGAGGACUGA